CUCUCGCUUAGUUACAAAAAAAUGGUCCUCUCGAGAAACCUUUCUUCCAUCUCCAUCAUUUUCACUGCAGUCUUCUUCACCUUCGCACAGGCAGCCAACUUUGAGAUCAGGAACAAUUGCGGGUACACAGUCUGGGCUGCUGCUACACCAGGUGGUGGGAGAAAGCUUAACCGGGGUGAGGUCUGGACCAUCAGCGUGCCUGCCAGCACGACAGGUGGCCGUGUUUGGGGCCGAACCAACUGCAACUUCGAUGGGAACGGCCGAGGACAUUGCCAAACCGGUGACUGUAAUGGGCAUCUGCAGUGCCAAGGCUACGGUUCAGCACCAAACACCCUAGCCGAAUACGGGCUCAACCAGUACAAUAACUUGGAUUUCUAUGACAUUUCCCUGGUUGAUGGAUUUAACAUCCCUAUGGACUUUAGUUCAACGAACGGUGGAUGUAAAGAGAUUAGAUGUACGGCUGAUGUCAAUGGCCAAUGUCCGGCCGAUUUGCGGGCCCCGGGAGGAUGUAACAACCCGUGUACCGUGUACAAGACGAAUAAUUACUGUUGCAACUCUGGGAGCUGCCGGCCAACCGAUAAGUCCAGAUAUUUCAAGGCUAGAUGCCCAGAUGCCUACAGUUACCCACAGGACGAUAGAACAAGCACGGUAGUGUUUACCUGUACUGGUAAUAGCAAUUACAGGGUUGUGUUUUGCCCAUAAUUAAUGACCCUCUGCUCUUUCUGUUUAUGUUUAUGUGUGAAAAAAUAAGAUCUUUGAGUUGCAGGUCUCAAAGACAUAAUAUAUUACCUAAAUAAAACUGCAAAUCUCAUGUGUUACUGUUUU